ACGCCUAGCGGUAUUUCCGGUGCGUAUCCUCGCCAGUCCAUCUUUUAAAUAAGAAGGCAUUUUGUUAUUACUGAAGAUUAACAACAAUGUCAUUACCAGCUGUCGGACUGCCACGGGGCCGCACCGGACGACAGUCGCCAGAUGACCCCCCCAAAACUUGCUUGAAGGCAGGAAACCGCGAAAAAUUACCGAAAGCUGAUGGAAGCAAACCUGUAGGCCUACGCCGCCACAAGUUGACACCACUCUGUACUCCCGUAAACAGACCCGUGGCUGACAAAGCUGCAGUAAAUUGUACACCCAAACUAUCUGGAGUCAAAUUUUUUCAUCAAAAGCCUUCCGGCAUUUGUGAAAAGACAGGUUUAAGUCGACCGACACUUCAAAAUGUCGGCGCUUUGCCCAUCGGAGCACAAUUACCGAAACGGUCGAAAGUCACAAACGAGCCCUUAUUAGGACGAUCAAAAUUGGACAGCAGACAGACACCCGACACUGAAGGUGACAAAUACGAACAUUCUGUGUCAACAUGGAUGAGUCGCAAAGAAUUGGAACUAAUGCAUUAUCAGCAGGCGUUGCUUGAACAAAUGGUGGGCCCCACUGAUCCAGAAGACUGCAGUGAUCUGAAAUCCAUGACGGGGAAGAAGCCAGUUAAGAGAAAUAACAAGAAAGGAAAGGAUAAAAAGAGAGCUAUUGAAUCACCAAUAGGUCCACAAUUAUCCGAACGAGGACAUAAGUAUGAAGACCUCCCUUUACUCCGGCAGACUCGAUUGAGAGUUUCCAUAGAUCCCGAUGUAGCUGUUCCCGAUGAAGCGCAAUAUGUUCCCACCCCACCGGGAUAUGAGAAAAUUCCAUGUCGACCAAUGUCGAGCAAGGGCGCGGCUACUUCACCUGCACCAAGACACGUGCGAUUUAAUUCUGAGGAGAGAGGGGUACACUAACAGGGCUAUCUAACAAAGAUGUCGGGAAGUCGUGGAGAUGGCGUCAGGAAGAACUUAUGAUUAAACCAUGGGCACACAGGAAAGUGAAGUCAGAACAUAAUGGAGAAGUCUGUCUGACAGGAUCCACGUUAGCUCUGAACAUACAUAGGACUUGCUGAACUAACAAUACUGAUAUUCCCCGUGCUGAUACAUUUGGAAUUCUAACGUUUGGCAAUGGAUUUACGGAGGCCAGAAAAGUUCACUGCCGUGUGUGAUAUGGUGGUCAGUGGAUUUGCCCAAGCCAGAACAGUCCACUAUCGUGUGAUAUGGUGGUCAGUGGAUUUGCGGAGGCCAAUAAAGUUCACUGCCGUGUGAUAUGGUGGUCAGUGGAUUUGCGGAGGCCAGAAAGGUUCACUGCCGUGUGAAAUGGUGGUCAGUGGAUUUACGGAGGCCAAUAAAGUUCACUGCCGUGUGAUAUGGUUGUCAGUGGAUUUACCAAGGCCAGAACAAGUCACUGCCGUUUGAUAUGGUGGUCAGUGGAUUUGCCAAGGCCAGAACGAUUCACUGCCAUUUGAUAUGGUGGUCAGUGGAUUUGCCAAGGCCAGAACAGUUCACUGCCGUGUGAUAUGGUUGUCAGUGGAUUUACCAAGGCCAGAACAAGUCCCUGCCGUUUGAUAUGGUGGUCAGUGGAUUUGCCAAGGCCAGAACGAUUCACUGCCGUGUGAUAUGGUGGUCAAUGGAUUGGCGGAGCCCAGAAAAUUUCACUGCCUUGUGAUAUGAUGGUCCAUUGAUUUGUGGGGGCCAAUACAGUUCACUGCCGUUU